AUGUCUCUGCCGACGGAGCUGCUUCUGCUGGUCUUGGGUCUCUGUCCGAACCUGCACCCGUGUCGGCCUCUCGGCAACCAACUGCCCGGCCUGGCGACAAACGGGACAGACGUGGCGGCGGACUGCGGGCCGUGCCAAGCGGACCUGUGUCCGGAGACCCGCGGCUGCCGAGCCGGACUGGUUCUGGACCCGUGUGGCUGCUGUGAAGAGUGCGGCAACCUGGAGGGUCAGGCCUGCGACCCGGGAAACCGCAAUGUGUUGUUUGGGCUCUGCGGGGCCGGACUGCGGUGCCAAGCGGACACCCGUGCCGCGGGACGAGAGGAGGAGGAGGAGGAAGAGCAGGUGUGCGUGUGCGAGGAGCGCGAGCCCGUGUGCGGAAGUGACGGCGUGACGUAUGCUAACAUGUGCCACUUCAGAGAGGCCGCCUUCUCCACGCCUCAACUUCACACCCAAGGGGCGGGGCCCUGCCGGACAGUUCCGGUCAUCAAGGUGGGUCCUCAGAGUCAGGUGAACGGCACCGGCAGCAGUCUGGUGUUCCUGUGCGAGGUCUUCGCCUUCCCCAUGGCGUCCGUUGAGUGGAGGAAGGAUGGCCGGGACGAUGUCGUCCUGCCAGGGGACGACCCCCACAUCUCCGUCCAGUCCAGGGGCGGUCCUCUCAGGUUUGAGCUCUCCAGUUGGCUCCAGAUUGAAGGGGCGGAACCGCAAGACUCGGGGACCUAUCGCUGCAUCGCCCGCAACAGCCUCGGCUCCGCCUCGGCCUCCGCAGUGCUGGGCGUGUUGCGAGCAGAGGAGCUGGCGUCCUACUUGGCGAAUCACGUGGGCGUCAUCAAACAGCUGAAUGAUGCCACAGACUACGACGGUGACUUCUACUGA